AUGACUCGGUCGACUUUAUUGUUCCUAGGAGCAGCUUUGCUUCCCCUCAUACAACUUAUCUCAGCUCAGACAUGUAAUUCCACUUCACUUUGUCCAUCAACCGCUCCGUGUUGCUCAGAAUAUGGUUAUUGCGGUAGUGGAUCAUAUUGUUUGGGAGGCUGUGAACCUUUAUAUUCCUUCAAAUCGACUUCGUGUAGACCCAACCCAAUUUGUGUAUCUCAAGAAACGAAUUUCAACGAUUUAAGUAAAGUACAAUUGAACGGCACGAAAUUCGAUGGUAAUGCUACUGCGUAUGAUUGGGUCGUCAACACUGGGAAUUUAAUUGCCGAUCCAUCAGGCCAAGGAGUUAGAUUAACAUUAAAAGAGUCUGAUCAAGGUACGAAGAUAUCUUCAACGAGGUACAUUCAUUAUGGAAGUAUCGAUUUCGUAUUGGAAUCUUCAAAAUGGAAUGGAGUCGUCACUGCAGCAAUCACAAUGUCAGAUGUCAAAGAUGAGAUAGAUUGGGAAUGGCCUGGGGCAAUUACCGAUAAAGUACAAACGAAUUAUUGGUUCCUGGGUGUUGCCAAUUAUUCAGCUACACAAGGUGCCGCGGUGGAUAUCGCUUCUGACUCUUCGAGCAAUUUCCAUACUUAUACUUUCGAUUGGCAAGAAGAUUAUCUGAACUGGUCGAUUGAUGGUCAAGUAGUAAGGACAGUUCUGAAGCAAGACACAUUAAGCGAUGAUGGUACUCAAUAUAAAUACCCUUCUACACCUUCACGUAUCCAACUUUCAAUUUGGCCAGCGGGUAUAUCAACUUCUGCUCAAGGCACUAUUGACUGGUCAGGAGGAAUGAUCGAUUGGACAGAUCCAGAUUACGUAUCGAAUGGUUAUUUCUGGAAUACACUUCAGAGUGUUAAGAUAUCAUGUGCAAAUCAAGAUAACACACUAAAUUCGACUACAGGUUGGGCUUAUGGAGGUAAUGAUACUCAAGGUAUUCCAAUCGUGGAUAUCACGAACGCUUCUACACUACUCUCAGGAGCGGAACCAUCUAUUCUGCUUGUAAAGAAAUCAACAGUGGCUGUCCUGUUAAGUACCAUCGGAUUGGCUACAUUGACUGGAAUCGCUUUGCUCUAA